GGUGGUGAAGAGAAGCAUACUCUGGGGAGAAGAAGAAGACAUGGCUGGCAGGCAGGAGAGUUGGAGGCCAAGGCCUGGAAGAGGAACCUAUCAAGGAGGGAGAGGUAAUUUCCAAGGCCGAUCUGAGCAUUUUGGGAGAGGUUUUAACGGACAGGAUGAGAGAGAUUUAGAUGGAUAUGGUUGGAGGAGCAAAGAGGGGGGUUUCAGAGGAGGAUCUGGGACAAAUAGUAGUGGCUCUGGUGGGGAUGGAAAUUCUGCUAGAAGUGGCAGGGAAGGAGAUAAAAAGUUUGGCAGAUUUGCUUCUGAAAGAGGGGGCAAUCAACAGGAAAGAUAUCAGGCUGGGGGGAAUGAAAGCAGACAAGAGAGUGGGUCUGGAGUUAGUGCAAAUUUGGGGAUUCAGGGGGGCCAGUUCAGUUGGCAGGCGGUUUUCCUAUGAUGAACAACAGUAAUUUCCCUCAGUUUGUGCCAAUGGGGAUGGGGCUUGGACAGUUUGGUUUUGUGCCUCAGGAACAAAUGGCACAGAAGUAUCAGUUCCUCUUAUCCAACAUGCCAAAACAGGAUAUUCUACAGCAGCAAGCAAGUGCUAGAAUGGAGGGACCCAAGGAGACAGCCAAGAAGAAAGAGAUAGGAAACCCUAAAGAACUUUUUUGUGUGAGUUGUAAGGAACAGGGACAUGUGAAAAGUGACUGCAAGAAUAAAGUUUUUUGUGUGGUCUGCCAAAGACCAUCUCACAAUACUGAAGAAUGCACCAUUCUAAAACAACCUAAACCAGUUGCUAAAUAUGUGGGAUAUGGAGCCAGGGGUUUGGGGUAUCUUUUGGUGCAGAAUACCAAGGAAAUUGUAGCUACUGAGCACAUCAAUCCUAUGGCUUUGGUGACUGUGUUUGAGGGACAGCUGAAUGAUACCACAGUGGCUUAUGGUUUCAGCAAGAUGUUUGAUUGUGGGUGGACAUGGAGAAGCAAGUUUCAGAGUCCUACAACUUUCCUUAUGAGAUUUCCUAGUAAAGCCAAGUUGGUGGAGCUGGAAAACUUUGGCAAAUUCACUUUGCUGGGCACUGGGGCUAUGGUUGAGGUUGAUUUCUGGAGCCCAGAUGACAAAGCAAAAGGGAAGCUCCAUUCAAUUUGGAUCAAGAUGUGUGGGGUUCCUGACAACCUGAGGCAUUACUUGGGAGUUUGUGAAAUUGGUUCAGCUCUGGGACCAGUGGUUGAAGUUGAUGUGGAACACAUUCACUCUAGGGAGGAAAUCAGAGUUAAAGUGGGAGUAAGGGACUUGCACAAGAUUCCUACUGGCACAGAAAUCACUACCAAGGACUUGUUGUUGUAUGAUAUAGGUUUUGAGUUUGAUUCUGUAGCUGAACAGGGAUGGUAGAAGUUUGAGGAAGGAAAUAAAAGGAAUUUUUUUGAUUACCUUGACCUAGAGAGCUCUGAUACACAGAAGGAGAAUGAGAUGCAGAAAAAAAGCAGACAAUCUGAAUCUGCAAAGUCAUUGGUUAGUCUAAGGGGUUUGGGACUAAAACAAUAUGAACAAGUGAUUCUGAAAGCAGGUGAUAUGCCUCAGAAGAAUGAGUUGCUCAAGGAAAAGACAGGGGCAGAGACUGUUGGAGAGGGGCAGGGAGAAGAAGAAAGCCUGAAAGCUAGAUUACAGAAAGCAGAAGAGUUGGCAGCAAGGCAGACUGCUCAGCUUAUGUUGAAGGAAAAAAAUAGAAAGGAAAUGGACAUUAUUAGGAAAUCACUAGAAAGGGAAGUUAAGAGGCAGCAUGAACUCUUGCAACUAAAUAUGAAAGCUAGUGAAGAAGUGAGAGGGUCACAGUCAGGGAAAAAAAAGGUAGGGAGUGAAGAUGAGAAAGAGAAUUCUGAAAAAGGAGCAGCAACAGAAGACAAAAUAGAGGGGGAGGAGGGGAUGACAGAGUUGGAACUAAUGGAACAGGCAGUGGGCCUAGGAUAUAUGGAGCCUGUGGAUUACACUGCCAGUCAGGAAACUGAGUCCUUUGAGACCAAAAACAAUAAGGCUGGUAUAGGAGAGCUGGAAUCCCAAGAAGAGGAAGAAUUGAGAAGAUGCACUAGACUGAAAGACAAGGAAGACAAAAAAAAUUACUGAUCUGGCUAAAGAGGGAGUUGCACAAACGAACAAUUAUGACAAAUCCCGCAAGAAGUAAGCUGAUGGAGGCUGGAGUGAAGCUACUGAGUGAGGUGGCAGAAGAAAUUUUCAAAGCAGCUCAUGGGUGGCGCCUGAAGACUGGGAGGAUCGAAGGGUGACUGAAGUCCUCUCUGCUGCGAUGGAAAAAUCUUGGCUCCUGCCAUUUCAUUCUAGCUUUGCUUCAUUUUGCUGAUAUUCGGACGCAGUGGAUGGUCCUGUAAUAUACUUAUGCCAAAACUUGUAGUGUCUUUGUAGCCUCUGUUCUCAUAACAGAGUUGUUGACGCUCUGGGGACUGGAUUUUUUGAAUCCGGGCCUUGGACCACUCUCGUAGGUUCCCUUUCUUUGCCUUUGGGGUUCCGGGGAGGAGAAGGGAUGGCUUCUCCUUCCUCCUCAAUUUGGCAGAGAAGUGUUUCGUAGGAGAGUGGAGUAUCAUGUUGGGGAGUGUAUCCUUUUUUUCCUUUUUCUGUAGCAAGACCUAGUGAUUUUUUUAAUGGAAAUCGGAGAGAAUGCUCUC